GGAAGGAGAUGAGUGACGGACCAGGAUGCCGGAGAGCGGUUCCUGAAGGAGACUCACGCCUGUCAACAGUUACACGCUCUGCGCUGAUAAUGAUGACAAUCACACACUGACGGGGGUUAACGCAGGUAUCGCCACCCUGCUGAGGGUCACCGGAGACUUGUGAAGCUCGUGAACCUCAUGUCCGUCCGCGGCUCUGCUCACUGACGCUCAGCGUGAGGCUCCACGAUGAAGAGCAGCCGCCGCCUGCUGCAGCUGUUCGGACACGCCGGGAGGCCGGGGCCGCCGGUGCUGUGGCCUCGUCCUCCUGCUGCUCCUGCCGGGAACGGCGCUCUGCUCCGGCCGCAGCGCCAGGGGCUGAGGCAUUUCCACAGCAGCCCAGCGUGUACCAAGAGCCAGCCUGCACGGUUUGUUAACAACGAGGAGGACAAGACGAGGCAGAAGUCUCUGGUCACCCAUGAUGAUCUGUUUGAGCAGUUGGCUAAAGAGGCCAAAACCAAGGCCACGUUUAACAAAGUGAUAGACUUCUACACCAAGGGAGACAUAAGGCGGCGAGGUCAUGUGGAGUUUAUCUACGCUGCUCUGAAGAAGAUGCCGGAGUUCGGCGUGGAGAAAGACCUCGCUGUCUACAACAAGCUGCUGGACGUUUUUCCCAAAGAGGUAUUUGUGCCCCGAAACUUUAUCCAGCGAAUGUUCAACCACUAUCCCCGUCAGCAGGAGUGUGGAGUGCAGCUACUGGAGCAGCUGGAGAAUUUUGGUAUCAUGCCCAACAUUGAGACCAAAGUGCUGCUGGUCCGGAUCUUUGGAGAAAAGAGCCACCCUAUGAGAAAGUACCAGCGUAUCAUGUACUGGUUCCCUAAGUUCAAGCACAUAAACCCCUUUCCUUUGCCCACGCAACUGCCUGAAGACCCAGUGGACCUGGCACGCUUCAGCCUCACUCGCAUCGCAAAUGACCUUGAUGCAAAGGUUACCGUCUACCAGCUGCCCUGUACAGACAUCACAGAGAGCGGGGCUGAGGUCACACUUCCACAUAUAGUAGGGAUCCAGAGCCCCAGCCAGACGGAGCAGCUAGCCAGACACAACCCUCAGAGGCCGGUGUUUGUGGAGGGCCCCUUCCCUUUGUGGCUGAGAAAGACAUGUGUUCACUACUACGUCCUCAGAGCUGACCCCACCCCGCCUGAAGAGAAGGUUGAAGAGCCCUCUGACCCAGAGAGGUGUUUGAGCUAUCCUCUGCAGCUGGACCUGGAUUUGGACCUCGACUUGGGAGACGACGAGAGCUUCGAUGUGGAAGACUUGGAUGAAGGUCCAGUCUUUGCCAUGUGUAUGACCAGCCAGGGAGACCAGGCUACCCUCAAUCAGUGGAUCUCUGGCCUCCAACAGAGUAACCCCAUCCUGGGUCAGAUCCCCACCCUGUUCCGCCUGGACACCGGACCCCGGGAGCUGCGAGGCGUGGCCGACGCCGAGAUCCAAAGAGAAGAGCCGAACCCUGGGGAAGAAGAUGAGGCUACAGUGGAAGAGGAGCCCAGGAGAAGCCAGGGCGUGAAGUAGUGGGGAAAAGUUUCCACCUGACCCCUUCACGGUCAGCCGGGAAGUUAUUGGUCCACACAAGCCCUCAAAGUAGACAGGAUAAUAACGAGCCUCCCUUUUACCUACAUUUUUAUUCCAGCCUCAUUUUCUAACUCAUAAGUGAGGAUGACCAUGUAACGUGUGCUGCAGUCAAGCUGGAGAUGAAGUCACAGCGUGUUUUAUUUGUGUAGCUGCGCAUCAUCCCGAGCACAGAGCUCUGCCUCAGACUGGAGGAAGAGUGUCGAGCUCGCAGUGAUCCACGGAUAAGCGUGCUCUUUACCUUCUCUCAGCCAAUUCACUGGGUCACAAAUCUCUUACACCCUUAAGAUGCACUGGCACGACUACAUCAGGCUGUCUAUGAAAAUAAUAACUAAGAACAUUCAUUAAUCCUGCGUCUGUAUCCAGAUGAAGUU